AUGGCCCCACCAUCUCCCGCUGGCGCGCGCCGCAUCUUCUCUCCCACUUUCACCUCCUCCCCACAUAGCCUUGGCGGCGAGGACAUCGAACUCCCCGAGCUCGACAUCAACGAGGAUGAGGGCGCGGGCGAACCGGCCGCCCGGUCGCCCCAUUUCGCGCCCCUUCCUGGUGGCACUCGCGUUGCUCCCUCCACCCCUGCGCGCCCCUCUGCAAUCCAACCAGCAGGCAGCAGCGCGGCCCUUACUCACACGUGCAACUCACCUCUAAACCCAAACCCGACACUCACAUCCACGGCGCCCAGCACCGCUGCUUCCGCAGCGCCGCCGACUCCUAUCCUCGCGCAUACGCCUGGACCCAAACCAGACUCUGACCGCCCCGAGUUCGCCGAGCUCCUCACUCCAGCACAACUACGGAGGCGCCGUCGCCCUCAUGCAACCCUUGCGCCCGACGCACCAGCAGGCCUUGGCACGCUGGCGGGGCAGCCGCUGCUAGCUGGCUCCAGCCGCCUGGGGUGGACUACGGACGACGGCGACUUGUACCGUGGCGCGACUGCGGAUCCCACGCCAGAGCCAGCGAAAGCAGUGUCGAACGACGACGCCGUCACAGUCAGCACCGGGAGCAGCUCUAGCUCGUCGUGGUCGUGGGGGAGCGGCGGUGUGGCGGGUGCUACUAGGGCGGUUGUACAUCGUAUCGGUGGGGCGAUUGGUGUGAGGCGCGGCAGCAUGUCCACUGUGGACACAGGGUAUGCGAGCUCGGCGAGUUCGAGCAGCUCCGACGGCGCAGCGACGAGAGUAAUUGGCCGCCUUGGAAGGGCGCUCACGCGCACCGUGUCCCGCGGUACCAUGGACAGCACUGAGGAGCGUCCACGGCGCGUGUACGUACCGCUUCGGCGCGAGUUUACGCUUCUCCUUCCCGACGAGAACUGGACGCCAGGCGAGGCGACGCCAUUGCCGACACCCCCUUUGGAAGGGACCACUCCGGCGUCAACGCCCACUCGCGUCAUCACGACACCUGUUCUCCAGCCAAUCCUCGAGGAGGUGCGCAAGGCGCGUGCGGCGGCGGGCAUCACCUCUGACCUCGUGCUCCGUCAGUCGCAGUCGCGGAGGAGGGACGUGGCGAUGCGCCGGGCCGGGUCUGCGCCGGGCCGUCAGCGCCAGCCGCGCGCAUUCACAGCGCCACCGCCCCGGAGGCCGGUCGUCCCGCCCACCGUGUCCCGGCUUGAGGCACUAAGGGGCACGCCGAGCAUCCCUGCACCCGUGCGUCCCAAAUCGGCCUCCGACUUACUGGGGAUGGUCGGCACGCGAUCCGAUAGCACCACGAGCCUGCGCGGCCUUGUCGAGGAGUCCGAGACGAAAACUUCGUCGCCUCGGAGGAGCAUCGACACGUUCGACAAGCCGUUCGACAAGCCGCGCGCAGCGUGGUGGCUCGACGUGUCCUGCCCUACGUGGAAGGACCUGCGCGACAUCGGCGAGCUCCUCUCCCUCCAUCCUCUGACAUUGGAGGACGUAUUGCACCAGGACCCGCGCGAGAAGCUUGACACAUUCGACGCGCUGGGAUACUACUUUGUCGUUGUACGUGCGCUCGACGAGCAAUAUUUCAAGUACACGCCCGGUGGUGCCGAUGCGCCGCCGGGUGCUGGGAUUACCGCGCCUGGUGUGCACCCGGCGGAGGAGCCUGUCGAGAGGCAGCGCCGUGGAUGGGGCUUUGGGCGGGCGACGGGCCGCGCAGCGAGCAAGAGCGGCGAGAAGGUUGAGAUUGUCGAGGACAAUCCCGGAAAGGAGGGUCUCGAGGGUGUCGCGGUCGGCGGUAUCAACCUCUACCUCGCAGUGUUUGCUGACGGGAUCGUGAGCUUCCACUUUGGCGACGUCUCCAAGCACAUGACGCGCGUACGCAAUCGCCUUCUAUCUGUGCGCACCCAUGAGCCCACGUCGGACUGGAUCGCGCACGGGCUACUCGACUCGAUUGUGGACGCGUUCUUCCCCCUAACCGGCUAUGUCGACGGCGCCGUAGAUGACAUGGACGCGCUCAGUAUCGACCCGACGCGCGACCCGCGCGACCACCACCACCGAGCAUUCACCAUCGACGACGAAUCGCCCUCUGACGCGCCGUACGCCGACCAUGUUGAGGACUUGGUUGACGGGCACAUGGACACGGAGUGGAUCGCAAUGGAUGACAAGGAGUUCAUGGACCGUCGCAAGAGCCGGCGCGAGAAGGUAACCAAGCGGAUGAAUCGUGUUCAAUUACACGCAAAGAAGUCGGCCGUCAACCGGUGGGUCAAGAAGGCUUUUGUACGCGCGUUUGCCCCCUCGCGCUUCGACGCGACAACUGCGACCUCGCCUUUCGCCCACGUGUUGCUUUACAUCAAGCUCUUCCUCCUGCCUAUCACCGACGCGAGGCCGACACAGUACAUGACUGCUGCACCAGAGUUGUUUGACCGCACGACCGUGCUGAACAGCAUGAACAACCUGCGCCGUCUGGUAACGGGUUUAUCGCGCCUGCUGGGCGGGAAACACAUGGUCGUCGCGAGCCUGCUCAAGCGUGUCGAGUCACACACGGGCGGGACUAGCGACGUUGGGGCGUACCUCUCCGACGUACACGACCACAUCCUGCUGCUGCAAACGUCGCUCUAUCACUACGAGUACAUCCUCGCCAACUGUCAGCCGGCGUACAUCUCGCACCUGCAUGUCUCAGGGAGCACGUCGCGCGGCAACAUCUCGACCCUCGUACUCGCGCUGUCGGUGGUCACGAUCGGGACCCUACCUAUGCAGUUUGUCACCGGCAUGUUCAGUAUGAACGUCUAUGUGCCGCACAACCUGCAUCCUGCCGACAAGAUUGAGCUCGACUUGCCUGGGCCAUUAAGGCUCAACCUCUUCGGGAUCGUCGUCGCCAUUGUGGUUGUGGUCGCUUGCUGCCUGGUGCUCAUGAUCCGGUGGUGGCGGUGGAAGGCGCGACAGAAGUGGAGCCGGCGGCGAGGGUUCGAGGUGCCGAACGCGUGGAACGGCUUCUGGGGUUGGGAGUAG